UUUAAGCAUUCCAUUCAACUGCUUGUAAUGCUUUGCUUUGACAGUGGUGAUUAUAUUUUGAUAUUUUUAAUAAUUCUAAUUCAUUAUGGUGGGGUGCUCGGCACCAAAUUGUGUCAAUAAAACAGAGAAAGGGUUUCGCUUGUUCAGAUUUCCUACAGAUGAAAAAAGAAAGGCAAUUUGGCUUAAAAAUUGCAGACGUGAUAAAUGGAAGACAACAUCAAAUUCCAGACUUUGUGAGGACCACUUUGAAGAAAAUCAGUGGGAGCUCCAUCGAGCAGAUGAGUGGAGAAAGUUGAAGCCAAAUGCUAUUCCAACUUUAUUUAAUGUUCCGAAUCCACCAAAAAAGCUUAUAUCAACAAGGCGGUCAACUUACAAGGCUCACUCUGCUCUGAGGCAGUUCAGAGUUCUCCAUUUGCCAUAUGAUGGCUCUGCUCCUGUUGGAAGUUGCUCCCUCAACACAAAGUCAAUGGCAUCUGUACUCUCAUACCAUAAUCUGAUUCUCUCCUGUGGAGCCGAGAAGCCCAGCUCCUGUGUCUCUGUCAGAAAGCUGCGUUGGGACUUCAGCCGGUGA